CAACACACUACAACUCGUACUUUUACAAACAACUCUUUAAUUCUUUAAUUAAACCACCAACAACAACCGCCAUCAUGCAGUUCAAGAACAUCAUCCUCACUCCUCUCGUUGCUGCUGGCAUCGCCUCUGCCGCUCCCAACCCCGACAUCAAGAUUUUCCAAGCUGUUGCUCUCCGAUCUGCGAGCCCCAUUCACCAUACCAACCUUCAGGCUUCCAACAACGGCUUUUCCCUGAAGCUCAAGGACCAGGGCGCCUCUUGCGACCGUGGUGAGAAGGUCGACUCCGCUACCUUUGCCCUCAAUACCAAAACAAAGGAGAUGCUCCUUUACGCCACAUCUUUUCCACGUCAAAGCGCGUGGACCGAUAGAAGUGGCAUGGGCCAGGGCAUGAUGGGAUACCGUACCGGCGCUCAGCCUCUCUGCACCCGCUGCGAGGACAACAAGUGGUCCAUCUCUGAGGACAACUUCCUCAAGUACGAUGACCGUGACAACUUCAUCGCCUGCCCUCAGACCGAUGGCUCUUACACCGUCUUUACCAGCGCUGGUGUCAACAACCCUGCUGGUAACAAGGACUGUGUCUCUGUCACCUUUGCCGUCAGCGAGGUCAGCAAGCCCGUCGGCUGCCUCUACUCCCAGCAGGGCCAGUAAAUUCUGAGCUCUGAUGUUCCAAAGGGAUCUGUCUAGACUGCCUUCUACCUACCUUCUUGGCUGAGAUCUUUCGAUCUUGUUAUAACGAUUCACAAUGCAUAUAUUAGCGUCUCCGUUUGGUUCUUAGAACCUUGAUCUAGAGUACAUAUACAAUUUACAACUGCAUCAUU